CGCAGGCGCAGACUUGUUACCCACCUUCCGUGAUGCGCACGCGCAGAUUCUACACCAGCGUUGCUCAACUUGCCGGGGUGAAAUUAUCUCAUUUUUUCGUCUUUUUGAAUACAUGCGUUUGAUACUUUUAGAGAUGGAAGAAGUUAGUAAUAAUUUUAAAUGAUUCCGUUACAAUACAAUCGUAUUCUGAGCAACGCAUGCAUUAAAUAUCUAUUAAAGAUAGGAAACACAGGCCUUUUACGACCACGGUCUUUCUUAACAAUCCAUUCGCCCAGCCUGCUUUCAUUCUUCUGGGGGCGGCCCUUCUUAUCUCUCUGCGGAUUUAAACAGCUUCCAGGAUACGACUGGGAUUUUAAAAUGCCUAAGAAAGAUAGUAGAACGAAAAAAACUCAGACAAAGGACAGCAUAAAAUCACCAGAGGAUGCACCUGGUCCAGUCUCAAAAGAUAAAAAUGGAUUUGUUACAAUAGCCAUACAUGCCAAACCAGGAUCUAAACAAAAUGCUGUCACAGAUGUAUCAUCAGAAGCUGUUGGUGUGGCAAUAGCAGCACCUCCAUCUGAUGGAGAAGCUAAUGCAGAGCUUCUAAAGUAUCUAUCCAAAGUCCUGGAGGUAAAGAAAAGUGAAGUUACUCUGGACAAGGGCUGUAAAUCUCGAGAGAAAAUAGUUAAGAUAUCCACUUCUUUGAGUCCAGAGGAGAUUCUUAAGAAACUGCGGCAUGAAGCUGAAAACACCUAAGAUGAUUAUAAUAUGAUUUUACUGCAGUGGAGUUCACCAAAUUUGCAUUUGAGGAUUAAAGUUCAGGAACUGAACAGGUUGUCUAAAAAAUAAAGGAAACUACAAGUAACUCUAUUUCUGCUGCUGCUUCUUGUUAAUAUGGAAAUAUCUGUUUACACUUGAAAAGGCAGGUACCAAAGCAGCAAAUUUGUGAUAACACUGCUUCCUACCUGAAUAUUUUGUAGUGCUCUUACCAAGGAAAUUGUUGUGCUCUUUGAAAUGAUGCCACAUAAUCUGUGAUGGGUUUGAAAAUGUGUAUGCAAUUCGAAAACACAUUCUGCUUUUUCUUGUUGUAACUAAUUUUCUACCAAUUUUUUAUCUGUCUGUUGACAAUAUUUAACUACUGAGGAAGACUUACACUGCUAUAGAAAUGUGUCAACAUUUACAUUUUAACUACAGCUAUAAAAGGGUGUUAAGUAGACAGACUUCAAUAUUACUUUCAUUUUAAAUUUGAGGAUUUUUUUUUUUUACAUUUGUAAAAUUUCUUUCUUUCAUUGCUUGCAAUUAAAUGAAAAUCUUUGUUUUAGUUGUGGAGCAGUAAAGCUGUAUUUUACACUGUACAGUUUAAUAAAAAAGUAUAUAUGGC